CUCUUUUCUCUGCUAGGUGCAGCAUGUAUGUGAGCGUGUGUGAGCCAGCAGAGCCGCCUGUGUGUUUACAUGUCAGCCUAUCAGUGCUGCCGGAUUUAGCACAUCUGGAGAGGACGAAGGCAUUUCUCAAAUGCCCCUUAGACGAGGGAUUCUCAUCUCUGCGUAUGCUGUCCUUACCCGUCUUAAUCUAGCCCGUCCUGAAUCCUUGCAGCCCCGACUCCAUGCUUUUGGAGGCAUUUUGAAUUUCCUUGGCAACAUGGAGCUGCCUGAAUUAGAAUUCUCUGCAUGACAGUCCUGGUAAGCAGUAGGAUGGUGUCCGGAGAGGCAGGAGGGCACAGCUACUUGGUGGCAUGCUGGCAGCCCAUCCUGAUCCUGAUGCUGGGCACCGUCCUUUCAGGCUCCACCACUGGCUGCCCUUCAAAAUGUGACUGCAAUGGCCAGGAGCGAUCAGUCGUCUGCCAUCGAAGAAGGCUGGCAGCUCUUCCUGAGGGCAUCCCCACUGAAACUAGACUCCUAGACCUCAGCAAAAACCGUCUGAAGACUCUAGGGCCUGAGGAGUUCAUUAAUUACCCUCAGCUGGAGGAGCUGCAACUGAACGAAAACACUAUUUCAUCCAUUGAGCCGGGGGCUUUCAGUAACCUAAUGAACCUUCGAACGCUAGGCUUGCGCAACAACGAGCUAAAGCUCAUUCAGCUUGGAGUGUUCACAGGCCUGACCAAUCUCACACAGUUGGAUAUAAGUGAGAACAAAAUUGUUAUUUUGCUCGACUAUAUGUUCCAAGAGCUGUACAACUUGAGGGCUUUGGAAGUUGGGGACAAUGACCUAGUCUUUAUAUCGCCUCGAUCAUUUCAUGGUCUGAGCAAUCUUGAAAGCCUCAACAUUGAAGGGUAUAAACUGGGCUCAGUUCCUACUGAUGCCCUUAGUCAUGUACAUAACUUGCUAUCUCUUCGAUUACGCUAUCUGAACGUCACUGAUAUAAGGGACUUCUCCUUUAAAAGGCUGUAUCGGUUAAGAAUACUGGAGAUUUCUCAUAUGCCUGCCUUGAAUACUAUGGCUUCACAAAGCUUGUAUGGACUCAACCUCACAUCAUUGUCUGUCACAAAUUGCAAUCUGUCUACCAUCCCCUAUGAAGCCAUUAAUCAUCUCAGAUAUAUUCGGUUUUUAAAUCUAUCUUUCAAUCCUAUUCAUACUGUUGAAGGUAACCAACUUUUCAGUCUUCAAAAACUCCAGGCAUUUCACUUGGCUGGUGGACAAUUGGUGGCCAUUGAGCCUUACUCAUUCCGUGGACUCAACCACCUACGUAUUCUGAACGUGUCAAGAAAUAGCUUGAGCACCCUUGAGGAGUCCGUUUUUCACUCAGUGGGAAACCUGGAGACCCUGGCUUUGUAUGAAAACCCUUUGGCUUGCGACUGCCGCCUGCUAUGGGUCUUCCGCAGGAGGUGGAGGCUUAACUUCAACAAACAGCAGCCCAUUUGUGCUUCACCUAAGAUUGUGCAAGGAAAAGAGUUCAAAGAUUUCCCAGACGUACUGCCUCCAGACUACUUCAUCUGUCAGAAAUCAAAGAUUGUGGAUUAUAAGGUUAUGGAAAGCCAUGUUGAUGAAGGAACUACUGUUCACUUCACGUGCAUGGCAGAGGGUGAUCCAGCUCCAGUGAUAAUGUGGCUAUCCCCCAAGAAGGAGUAUAUUACUACAAAGACUAUAGGGUCAAGGCUCUCAGUAUCCAGCGAGGGUACACUGGAGGUACGCUACGCCCAAAUUCAGGACAAUGGCACCUACUUGUGCAUUGCCAGUAAUGCUGCUGGCAAUGACACAAAAGCUGCUCACCUUUUUGUACACAGCUACUCCCCGAAUUGGCCACAUCAGCCAAAUAAGUCAUUUGCUUUUAUUUCUAACCAGCCAAGUGAUGAAGGUGCUAAUGUGACCAGAACAACAGUCCCAUUUCCAUUUGAUGUAAAGACACUUAUUGUCGCAACCACGAUGGGAUUUAUCUCAUUCCUUGGAGUGGUCCUCUUUUGUCUUGUAAUUUUAUUCCUCUGGAGUAGAGGAAAAGACAGCACAAAGUCAACUAUUGAAGUUGAAUAUGUGCCACGAAAAGAGGAGACAGAGGAGGCCAGUCCAACUGAGGCACCUGUACAAUUCAACAUGAAAAUCAUGUGAACUCUUAAAGAAGGUCAUGUAAGCUUACAAACUGCAGCCAGGAUGCAUACUGUUCUUGUCAAAAUAUGUAAUCAGUUUGUGAGCGAUAGCACAGCAGCAAAUGCAUCUAGACAGUAUACCUUUGACAUUUUUUACUUCAGGGACUGAAUCUUUAAAAAUAAAUGUUGAACAAUUGUUCAGAUUUCUGUACAUGUACUGUACAGUAUGCUAACAUGCACUCAAAUUACAUGAUUUCUGUGUGGAACCAAAUAAGGGUUAUAUAAGAAAAAAGCACAGUAAAAGUAUAUGACAAGCAGGCUAAUACAGAUAAGCAGUUGAUAAUUAUUUUAAGUAAUCUUUCUUUUGUGAAAAACAAAAAUGAUGUUGGGAUUUUUGUUUGUUGUCUAUUUUUUACCUUUGAUAGUUGUUAAAAGCACAUGAACCUGUCACGAGCCAAUACUAUAUUGCCUGAAAUACUGAGAUAAAAAUAAUUUUCCUUUUUCCCCCUCAUCUAGUUCUUUUUCAGUCAAAGAAAAGUAUGACAAAAGUACUUUCUUUUGAGUUUAUUAUAUUUAACAAAACAUACAUUUACUUUUCAGAAACUGACCCAAAAAUUUCUAAGAUAAAUGUUAAAAACAAUAAUGAAUCAACAAAAUAGUUAUGGUUUUAGUGGCUAAAUAUAAAAUUAAAAGUUAAAUUUCAUUUGUUAAUUAAAGACAGUCUGUUAACACUGGUCUUUCUGAUGUUUUUUUAAAAUCCUUAAAUCAUUUAUUGAAAAUUUACAAGAUGGGGUAUUUGGCUAACGUGGUAAGGUUACAUUUGAAAGUGUGCAUGUUACCACACUGCAUAGAAAAGCCAGUUUCUGCUCCUCUCUGCCAGCAAAGGAAGAUUGUCAUUAAAUGUAUUUAAAUGUUGUGAUAUACAUAUUUUUUCUGUAUUUUAUUCCUCUGUGUACAUUACGCUAUUGCAUAAUAGUAAUGCUUUUGAUAGCUGUGGGUUUUGAGCAAACUGCAAUCCAAAGAGCAGAUUAAAUAUACAGUAAACAUGUUUUUGAUGUACUUAACUGAAAGAGAGUGUUAAUGAUUUUAGAGCAUAACCUCACCCUUGAAAAUAUUCUGAGCAAAAAUCUCUAAAAUACUUUACAACCUAUUAGACUGUUUAGUAAGGUUAAUCACUGUCCUAGAAUCCAGAAGGCACAACGUCACUAAAUAUUUACAAGGUAGUGACAUUAUUUAAUUGUUGCCUUAAGAACCAAUUUUCUGCUAAGCAAUACUCAACAUUUCUAUGUAAAAUGGAGCUCCAGUUCUCAUAAGAAUUUUAUGUUGUCCAAUUUAUUUCACAGUCAAGGUCUGCUCUGAAGAUAAUGUGUUCAUUAACCUCUAAAUACAUGUUUAAAAGGGAUGGGUAAAUUGAAAUUCUAUUAAAAUAAAGAACAUUUUGCACAA